GGUGUUUUCGCUGGAGGCAGCGUGGCUCGGACUGUCAGGCGGGCUGAGGGAGUGUCUGCUGGGUGUAUGAGCUGGCUGACGUCUUGUUGGUGUGAAUGAGCUGAAAACACACACACACGUACACACACACUUGGUCAGACAACAGCUCGGCAGGCGAGACGAUCACGGGAAACGGAGGAACAGUUUUCUUUUAUAUCUUCUUCCCGCUUCCUUGCCCUCUUCCAUCUUUAUGACUUCGUGAAGACGAAAGCAACUCUGCCAUGGAGAGCUCCGUUGAGGCUUCCAAGACUAGUGUUACGUCGAACCCCAAGCCACCACUGGCCCCCAAACCUGGCCUCGCUCCUAAGCCCUUCUCUGUGCAGAAGAACACCACCAUCCGCUCCAUUCAUGCCCCAAAGACGCUCCCCGCUACCUCGAAAAUUCAAAAAUCAGAGCCUACAGGUGUCUCCAAACCGACUUUGACCCCUCGUGCUCAGAAAACAUCUCAGCCGGCUGUCACCUCAAAUGCAAAACCAGGCUCUCAAAGUGAGCUUCCCAAAAGUGACCCAACAACAACCAAAGCUAGUGAGGCAGGUAAAGAGGAAACUCGUGAUUCCAGUGUAGGAAAAACAGCCUCACAAACCAGUCAGCCCGAAGAGACAAAGAAAUCUGAGCUUGUCCAGAAAGACGACAUCACCCAAACAAACCACAAAGCUUCUGGAGAUGUUGCAAGUAACUCAGAGCAGAACGACGGAAAAGCGAAGGAAGAUGAAACUCAAGCUUCUGUCGUCAAAAUGCGGAAUCACUCAGGCAGCGAUGGUUCCUCUUCAACCGAUGAAACAUUUCGUUGGGGUGGUGCUAGGAAGCGUCUGUCCAUGGAGCUCACCUCAAAGUUUGAGUCAGGCGGUCUGUCUCUGCCCCCGCAGCCUACCACAGCUAUCUCCACAUACAACACCAAAGGGCGUUCAAAUAGGCUAGUAUCUCCUGCUCCAGAGCAGAAGCAGCCAUCUCCAGAGCAGAAGCAGGCAUCUCCAGAGCAGAGGCAGGCAUCUCCAGAGCAGAAGCAGCCAUCACCAGAGCAGAAGCAGCCAUCACCAGAGCAGAAGCAGCCAUCUCCAGAGCAGAAGCAGCCAUCUCCAGAGCAGAGGCAGGCAUCUCCAGAGCAGAAGCAGCCAUCUCCAGAGCAGAAGCAGGCAUCUCCAGAGCAGAAGCAGGCAUCUCCAGAGCAGAAGCAGCCAUCACCAGAGCAGAAGCAGCCAUCACCAGAGCAGAAGCAGCCAUCUCCAGAGCAGAAGCAGCCAUCUCCAGAGCAGAAGCAGCCAUCUCCAGAGCAGAGGCAGCCAUCUCCAGAGCAGAAGCAGCCAUCUCCAGAGCAGAAGCAGCCAUCUCCAGAGCAGAAGCAGCCAUCUCCAGAGCAGAAGCAGCCAUCUCCAGAGCAGAAGCAGGCAUCGCCAGAGCAGAGGCAGGCAUCUCCAGAGCCUUCAAACAAAGAGAGCGAUGACGGUGAAGUGAAAGAGGAUUACACCGGGGGAAACAGCAUAAAACGCAGAAUUAGUCAACUGUUUGACUCUGCGUCGAGGCCGGAGGCCAUGCCGAAGAGGGACGAACCGGAAAUCUUAAACGGUAUAGGAGGGGUGAAGGAGCGCAUCAAAAAUUGGGCUGCAGAAACAAGUUCUGAGGGUCCAAAGAUGGAGAAGAAGCCUCCGGCUACAUCCCGAGCACGCUCCAAGAGCUUUGAGCCUGCAACUUCUCCAACAGCAGUGAAAACACCAAAAACUUCAAAUCUCAGACUUUCUGCCGAAGAAAUGCCGCAGAGUCCGACUGUGGACCCCCCGUCAAAGGUCUCACCUGUUGAACAACCAACAAAGUCCCCAACAGAAAUGCUAAAACGUGUUCAAACUGAAAAGAAAUCAUCAGAAAGUGCUGCAGAGAGCCCACAAGAGGCGAACAAAUCAACGGAGGUUGACGUCCAGUUGCGCACCCCUAACCUGAGUGAAGACGUACCAAAGGGGAACAAUGUCAAACGUCGCUCUGUUCGCUUUGGCACCGUGCAGAGCGAUGAUGGUGGGCCUCCACUGAUCCUAGGCUCGGAUUCUGAUUCUGACACUGAAGAAGAAGAAGAAGAAGAAGACGAAGUAGAAGAAGAAGAAGAGGAGGAGGAGAGUCCUGGAUUUACAGCUGAAAAGGAAGUCCCUGAUGUAGUGCCUGUCUAUAAAAGAGUAGGAAUUUUUCAGAAAAAUUAUGAUGAGAGUCAACGGCAAGAAGAAGAAAGAAAGAAACAUCUGGAAUUUGAAGAACGGCGGCGAGCAGAGGAGAAGGAACAAGCAAGGCUUCAGCUAGAACAGGAGCAGAAAAGAGUGGAAGAAGAAAAGGAAAAAGAAAGGGAAAGACAGAGGGAAGAGCUCAGGCUUAAGGAAGAGGAGAGGGCAAGGCAGAAAGAGGAGCAAAUUAAACAAGAGAUGGAGGAGAGGGAAAGGGAGAGGCUAAAGGAAGAGGAGAGACUGAGGGAGGAAAGAGAAAGACAGAGACUAAAAGAAGCGCAAGAGAGAGAGAAAGAGCUGAAGCUGAAACAGGAAGAGGAGGAAAGAGAGAAGGCAAGACAGAUAGAGGAAAGACUCAGAGAAGAACAGAGAGAGAAAGAACGAUUAAAGGCAGAGGCUGAGGAAAAGCAGAAGGCUAUUUGCAGGAAGCAGGAAGAGUUGUUGAGGGAAAGACUGAGACAGGAGGAUGAAGAGAGAAAAAGAAGGGAACAGGAGAGGAAAAUACAGCAGGAAAAAGAGGCAGAGAUGGAGAGGCAGAGGCUGUUAGAAAAACAGAAAGAAGAGGAGAGAAAGGAAGAGGAAAGAAGGAGGCAGAUUGAAAAAGAAAGAAUGGAACUGGAGAUGAAAUUACAGAAGGAAAAAGAGGAAGAGAUGGAGAGGAAGAGGCUGUUAGAAAAACAGAAAGAAGAGGAGAGAAGGGAAGAGGAAAGAAGGAGGCAGAUUGAAAAAGAAAGAAUGGAGCUGGAGAUGAAAUUACAGAAGGAAAAAGAGGAAGAGAUGGAGAGGAAGAGGCUGUUAGAAAAACAGAAAGAAGAGGAGAGAAGGGAAGAGGAAAGAAGGAGGCAGAUUGAAAAAGAAAGAAUGGAGCUGGAGAUGAAAUUACAGAAGGAAAAAGAGGAAGAGAUGGAGAGGAAGAGGCUGUUAGAAAAACAGAAAGAAGAGGAGAGAAGGGAAGAGGAAAGAAGGAGGCAGAUUGAAAAAGAAAGAAUGGAGCUGGAGAUGAAAUUACAGAAGGAAAAAGAGGAAGAGAUGGAGAGGAAGAGGCUGUUAGAAAAACAGAAAGAAGAGGAGAGAAGGGAAGAGGAAAGAAGGAGGCAGAUUGAAAAAGAAAGAAUGGAACUGGAGAUGAAAUUACAGAAGGAAAAAGAGGAAGAGAUGGAGAGGAAGAGGCUGUUAGAAAAACAGAAAGAAGAGGAGAGAAGGGAAGAGGAAAGAAGGAGGCAGAUUGAAAAAGAAAGAAUGGAACUGGAGAUGAAAAUACAAAAGGAAAAAGAGGCAGAGAUGGAGAGGCAGAAGCUGUUAGAAAAACAGAAAGAAGAGGAGAGAAGGGAAGAGGAAAGAAGGAGGCAGAUUGAAAAAGAAAAAAUAGAGAAGCAGGAGCAGGAGAGAAAAAUGCAAGAGGAACUGGAAAGAAGGCAGGCAAACCAACUCAAAGAAAAGCAAAGACUGGAGGAAGAGAGAGAAACAAAACAAUCCGGGUUGAACAACAUGCAAGAGAAGAGUUUGAUGCACAAAGCAGAGUCAAAUCUAAUCAGUUUUGAAUCUGAAGAUUGGCCUCAGGAGUCAAAGUCACCACUUUCCCCCUCACCAAACAGCUCUGGGCCCACAGAGAAUCUGAUGAAUGUGGUUUAUGAUGACUUCUCGGUCAAACAGAAUCCGAUCGACAUAGAAUUUGAUGAUUUUUCAGUCAAACCGAUAAAAGUGACGUCACGGCGUAAAACAGAAAACCGUCCGGUUUUCCAUAGUUGGGAUGACUUUCUGGAUAAAGAGGAAGCGAAGGGACUGGUGCCUGUGGAUGUCAAAACUGAGAAAGCCGAGGAAGACAAAAUAGAAAAACCAGAGCAGUGUCCGAGUACACCUCCUUUGCAGGAGAGAGAAUGGGUGGAGGAGAUAAAAGAUGAGCCAGCUGAGAAGCAGCUCAUCUCUCUAGACGUGAAGAAAGAGGAGAAGCUAAUCUCUCUUGACGUUGACGAGGAGGAGGAAGAGGAGGAGGAGAAGGAGACAGAAACCGAGGAUGAGGACGAGGUGGAAGAAGAAGACAACCAAGAGGAUCAGACUAACAGUUUCUCCACAAACAAUGAAGACAAGGACACUGAUGCUUUGAUAGACUUUGGCCUUAAACAUGACCAGCAGGAUCCAGUCUGGGAACAAACACCUGAAAGAAACAGUCCACACCCAGUCCCUGACGAAGUACCUGAAGUCUCAUCUGAAGACACCGCAGAUGAUCUGAAAGAGCCAGAGUUUGCCCCUUUUCCCGAGAGCUCCACUCCUCUCCUUGACACCAGUGCACAAAGAUCCAAGGCGGAUCUGGGAAAGAGGCGUAUUCGAACACGUCCAUCACGCAAGCUGACCGCAGGGUUAGCUCAGAAGGAAAUGCAGGAUUGGAGGACCCAGGACUCCACAGCUGAAAAAGAGACAGUUUCAAAAGAAAGGGAGUCAGAUUCUGAGGAAGAACAGCCUAAACCCAAGGUAGUCUGUUCCCCGUCCCAGCGAGUGCCAGUGUUUCCUGGUAUCAGUCCUGCAGGCUUGCUUGCUCAACUCAAAAGGAAAACAAGUGGUGGAGGAACUGGAGUGAAAGAGGAAACCGUAGAAAGCAAAGCUAGCGAAGAGAAGGAACAUCAAGAUGAAGAAGUGGCACCAUCUUCCGUGGAGCUCUCGCGUUCUCCUCGCACGCCUGCCCGUCUGGCUGGAGCUACACGGGUGCUGCCAGUCAUAGGCAACAAGGAAGAAGGUGGUGCCUCCUCGCCUGCUUGGCUGAAAGAGCUGAAAUCUAAGAAGCGUAUGAGUCAGCACGGCAGUGACGCUUAGCCAGACGGAGGAAACACCGUGCCACUGCCAUUGAGCUCAGUUGCUGCUGCCGGCAGACAUGACCGCUCCAUCGUGUGCCCAGAGUGCCUUAUUUUGUACCUUCACUGGGAUGUUCACUUUUGCUGAACGCUCCUUUGAAAUGGAAUAUAAUGCCAAGUCUACGUGCCUGUGAUGUUUUAAUGCCAAGUACAUGUUAUAUGAAAUGUUGUGUAAGAAGCUCAAUGGAGAGCAAAUACCCCAGUGUCAUUUGGAGCAAAGUCAUGGACUGUCUGCCUGGAUUGUGUGAAUUUGUAAGACUGUCAUGUACUGACAGGGACUGAUGACACUAGGCCUUCAGCAGGAUAUCUACAUUCACACACACGCAGGCCUUUUUAUAGUUGUGAGAACACUCGUUGAUCACAUUGCCUACCCGCUCUCCCAACCCAACUCUUGUCAUGUUCUAAAUCCAAUUUUAACCACGUCAUUAUCAUCAAGUGUGAACCCUCGAAGAGACCUUUGAGGCUCUGGAUCCUCACAAUGCAGAAGUGCCCUCACGAUGAUUUAUAUAUAUAUUUUUUUAAAUCCUCAUAAACACAGAAAUACAUGUAUGAGGAGACACGUGUACAGAAUUACGAAAUAUAAAUAAUGCACCUUGUGUGUAUUUAGUUUUAAUUGUACAAAAUGCCUUUUAUGUUGUUUAACCGAUCACAAAGCAUCUCAAGUAAGGCUUGAAGCACUUUAAGAAAAGUUCUAGCAAAUUACCGUCCAAACAGCAAUAGAGUAAAAACUGUAGUGACAGAAUCCAGGGAUUUUUUUUGUGCUUUCUUCAUUUUGUUACAUCAUUAGUGUCUAUCUACUGUUUAAAACAAGAUCUCACAAGGCUUAAUUAAGUACUGCCUGAUUUGUUUAACCCACCCACUAGCUGGUUAGAGCGUCAACAGUGGGCUGAGAGGAUAUUUCUGGGGUGCAAUAACAGAGUCAGAAAAAAAAUAUGUUUAAAGGAGAAAAAUGCAAUAAUGUGCUUGAGGUUUUAUGUGCCUUUUUAAUGUUUAAGAGUGAAUGUCAUCAAAAUGGAAUUCAUUAUUGAUCAACUUACUGUAUGUUAAUGGGAAAUUGGGGAAUUUUAUUAAAAUGUUUUCUAUGAAA